AUGGCGAGGCAGUUGUAUUUCUGGUUACAGCUUAUACUUUUUCACUUUGCCUAUACUGUCUUUGCUGCUGUUGACCAUUGCUAUUAUCCGAAUCAACAAGAGGCUGAAGAUAAUUCCCCUUGCAACCCAGAUGCAGAUUCCAGUGCCUGUUGCGGUGGUGGGAUUGGUAACAUUUGUCUUUCCAACGGUCUAUGUCAAGGUUCUAACGGAGCCGUAAUCCGGGGCUCUUGCUCGGAUAAGAACUGGGACUCAAAAAACUGUGCAAAAUACUGCUUAGGUGCAUCCCGAGGCGGUACUGACUUGAUAUCUUGCGCAAACGUCACUAGGGAUGACACGUCGUAUUGUUGUAAUGGUGCAGAAAAUUGCUGUGAUUCUGGAGAUGGACGAUUUUCUGUUGGACCGCAUAAUCCGACUACAUCAGCAACCUGGAAUGCGGCUUCAACCAAGUUUAUAGUGGUGGGGACAACAUCAACAACUUCUUCAACAAGCUCUACGUCAAUAAAAGACUCAACAACGUCAACAUCUGAUUCAGCCACGCCUAAUGCCACUAGCGAUAAUUUCACAAGCGGUGCUCCUACAAACACAGAUGUGGCUUCUCAAUCAGAUAACACCUCCUCUGUCGGCACGGCAGCCUCUAUUUCAUCUGAUCUUAGCGAUGGCGCGAAGGCCGGGAUUGGUAUCGGUGCCGUAAUAGGGGUGCUACUUAUUGUGGGCUUAAUAUAUGCCCUAUGGAGGCUACAGAAGAUGAAUAAGAUGCUAGCCAAGGAACGAUCCGGAAAUCAAUACGAUCAAACCCCCGUGUAUCCGACGUCCCAGAUCGCAAUAGCUUCGAACAGUGUCAAUGUAGCACCACCCAUACCUCCUAAAAGCGAAGGCCAGAUAUCGGAAUUGUACGGACACUAUAGCCCUCUUCAUGAAUUACCCGCCGAAUCUACCUAA